ACUGAGGAGCGCCGGGGAUUUAAAUGCCACUGAAACGGUGAUCCAUCACUGCAGGAGCCAACAAACUUUCUCAGGAGGCUCCGCCAUUGGCUGAUAGAAUCACGUGCCCCUCCCGUAGCGCCCUCCGCCCUCCCGCCCCCCCCUCUUGCGCACUGUACAUUCAUAUCAUUUUUCUUCUCGGGCCCCAUGGAGGAAGUGAGAAAGUUGGCACGGUCACCCAGGACUUCGCAGGACCCGGUCACUCAGUGACAGAUGGACAAUGCAAGAAUGAGCUCCUUCCUGGAAUACCCCAUCCUCAGCGGUGGCGACUCGGGGACCUGCUCAGCGCGAGCCUACCCCUCCGACCACGGAAUUACAACUUUCCAGUCGUGCGCGGUCAGUGCUAACAGCUGUGGCAGCGACGACCGCUUCCUAGUGGGCAGGGGGGUGCAGAUCAGCCCGCCCCACCACCACCACCACCAUCACCACCCCCAGCCGACCACCUAUCAGACUUCUGGGAACCUGGGAGUGUCCUACUCCCACUCGAGUUGUGGUCCAAGCUACGGCGCGCAGAACUUCGGCGCGCCUUACAGCCCCUACGCGUUAAAUCAGGAAGCAGAAGUAAGUGGUGGGUACCCCUCGUGCGCUCCCGCUGUUUACUCUGGAAACCUCUCAUCUCCCAUGGUCCAGCAUCACCACCACCACCAGGGUUAUGCCGGGGGCGCGGUGGGCUCGCCUCAGUACAUUCACCACUCAUAUGGACAAGAGCACCAGAGCCUGGCCCUGGCCACGUAUAAUAACUCCUUGUCCCCUCUCCACGCCAGCCACCAAGAAGCCUGUCGCUCCCCUGCGUCAGAGACCUCUUCUCCAGCACAGACCUUUGACUGGAUGAAAGUCAAAAGAAAUCCUCCCAAAACAGGGAAAAUUGGAGAGUAUGGCUACGUGGGUCAGCCCAAUGCGGUACGCACCAACUUCACCACUAAGCAGCUGACGGAGCUGGAGAAGGAGUUUCACUUUAACAAGUACUUGACACGCGCCCGAAGGGUGGAAAUUGCCGCCUCCCUGCAGCUCAAUGAGACCCAGGUGAAGAUCUGGUUCCAGAACCGCCGAAUGAAGCAGAAGAAGCGAGAGAAGGAGGGUCUCUUGCCCAUCUCUCCAGCCACUCCGACGGGAAGUGAGGAGAAGGCUGAGGAAUCCUCAGAGAAGUCCAGCUCCUCGCCCUGUGUUCCUUCCCCGGGUUCUUCUACCUCAGACACUCUACCUACCUCCCACUGAGGCUGCCCCAGCCCCACUCAGCAGCCAGGGCUACUCCUCAGGCUGGGACUUCUUACCCAAAGCACAUUCUUAGCUUAUCUUCCUUUCCAUUUACAAUCUCUCUCUUCCUUUCUGAUCCUAUCUGGGGAACUCCUGGCUGGGGAUAAUGUGUUUCCAGAGAAUUCUAGAUGAGAGACUUGAUGGGGGUUGGGGGGAGGGGGAAAAGGGUGUUAGCUCCCUAAUGCAGCUUGAGUGCCAGCAUUAAUUUUCUGAUGGCCCCUAACACCCCUACUUUAAGGAGAUUUCGACUGAACCUACUGCUCCUUUCAGAUGCCCUUUGGAAAAUAGUCUCCUUUGCCAGCAGAAAUAUAUCAGAGGGAGGCCUCUCAUCUUUUAUCUAUCUGUAUAUUUACAGUUCUCUCCUACUUUGCCCUGAAAGUAGGCUGGAGAGAGAGGAGAGUCCAAGAGCUCAUGAAGAAGAGAUUCUCUAUGAGCGUGUUUACACAAUUAAUUCAUCCCUUAAUUUAAUUUAAUUCCAUGUGUGUGAGUUUGCUGGUUGUAAAUACUUUGUCCUGAAAGAUUUAUCUUUAUACAGAUUUUCUAGAAAUGUUUAGAUUAAUGUUUAGAUUAAAACAGGGUGGGCAAACUCUCAAAGCUGGUACAACUUUGUAUGUGAUUAUAGGUUAAAGAAUAAAAGUUCUCACUUAAAAUCAAUCAGAUGCCUCAGAGGGUAGUCUUAGUUUCUUUCAGUGAGUUAAGAAGGCCUGCAAAAUACAAGGGUCAGAAACCUUGCUUCCUGGGCUAAAUCUCUCCCCAUCCCCACCCCUUUCUUGUUUCUCUGGCCACACUCUAUUUAAAAUUUGUGCUGGAUUAUCUGGGACCUAAAAGUAUUAUUCAAACCAGCUGCUUCCUUCCACAGUUAUCUUAGCUGGAUAUGAUGUAUUUUCAGCUCAAUUGUUAAUGUGAUGGAUGGCACAAUGAAUGUGUAUUUUGUGUGAUUCGUGAAUAGUCUUUUGCAUGUCGCACAAUGUUUUGGUGUUCCUGAAGUACCACACUGAGUUCUAUCAGUUAUUCUUUUGUGAUAUUUCCCAUUUCCUGUACAAUCAUGAGCAGCUCUGGGAUCCCGGGGUGGUGUGAUCCAGAGCAGAGUUUACGGGUCUUAAGAUGUCUGUAAUAAAUAUAUUCAAGUUUCA